CUAUCACUGUUUUUUUGACAUAAGGAAUCCAGGAGGUUGUGAACUCGGUGAAGGAAAGAUCGACGAGAAAACUGAUUUUAACCCCGAUCAUUAUUGUCGAUGUCAGCAAAGAUGAGAAUCGCUGUAGUGCUUCUUGUUACCGUCGUUCUUAUGGUUAUGGUGGAAUUAUCCGAAACAAGAGGACGUGGUGGAGGUAGAUCAGGAGGCUUCAGAUCCAGUCGAUCGAGAGGAAGCUCCGGAGGGUCUAGCUCAAAACCUAAAAUCACCAAAAACACACCAAUCAAAGCCACCUCAGCUCGCUCCCCGGUUAUUGUGUCACAAACUAAGCCGGGUUUGCGUUCGAGCACGUUUAAGAAAGUAGUCUUUGCCUAUUUGGUGACCCAUUACGCGUUCAGCAGCGCCCCAGUGUAUCGGCAGGGAUAUCCAAUGUACCGGAGUUAUGUCUCUAUCCCAGAGGAAAGAGCUGUGAGGGUGACCUACGAAAGAGAGAGAUUGUUAGAUGACGAAGGAAAGUUGUGUUUGGCAUCAGCAAGGAGUCAAACUAUAAAGGAAGAAAUCGACGACAACUUGGUUGACUUGAAUACUACAGUUAAGUACAAAAAUGGGGAAACGAAAACACUACACGGAGUCUACAACACACUGUCGCUGGAAGACAUCAAAGAUCAAGACUUCGAAGUUGUAAGUCUUGCUCGAUACAACAUCUCGAUUGUUCCUGGAACAACUUGUACAAUGGUGGAAAAGACCGUCAAAGGCACGAUGGUUACCCUGUACGAGACAAAUCCGAACGGCUCGAGUCAACUGAAUAUCAGCAAAAAGCUACUAUCAUUUGUAAUCACUUUGUUUGUGUUUAUCAAUACAUUUCGUUAUUCGUAGUUCAGUCCAUGAAGCAUCUUUAAGCUUUUUUCAAGCAAGUUAGUUUGGUUGAACUAAAUGACUAUAUGCGGUCGCCAUUUUCGCAAGGAUUAAGUUGUUGUAGGAUAUGAUUCACAUGUAGGUAUUUUAAAUAUAUAUUCUUGUUGUUUUUGCUGAAAUCAGUGUUAUGUUACCAGUGGCAUUAAAGUCAUAGUCGGUGAGGGAUUGUCAUUUUCAAGUAGCAUUUAUGUAGGACUUUCAAAUUUAUCCGGUAAAGAUUGAAAAAAUAUGCCGGAUCUGCUCGCGUGAGAAAACACAUGUACAAUUGAUAUUAUAACAUAACCAAAGUAAAGCGCGCGCUCUGAUUGGUCAA